UUAUCAAGAUGAUCAAGAACUUGAGCCCACAUCCUCGUCCUAGCCAAUGUCAAAUUCCUGCCAAAUUUCUAGAAGGCAGCCCCAAAGCUCUCCACGUUUCCCCAAAGCUAGAAGGGACUCUGAGUUUUCCCCCAAGCCCCCAGAAAGAAAUGAAUGUUCAGAGGCCAUCACGAUGUCUCAAGCCUGUAAUCCCAGAACAUGCCAUGGUGAGGUAGAACCACUGCUAUAAAUCUGAAGUUACCCUAGGACCAUGGUAAGUUUCAGAAUAGCUUGGGCUACAAUGUGAGACCUUGUCUCAAAACAAAAUCACCUGGUACCCAUUAAUUACUACAUUCAAACUUUGUUUUUAUGUAUCAGUAUAGUUGAAAAAAAAAAAAGACAGAUUGUGUCCUAGUUUGCUUUCCAUUACUGUGAUAAACAACACGACCAAAAACAAUUUGACAAAGGAUUUAUUCUAUCUUUUCUUUGAUCUUUUUUGUUUUUUUGGUUUUUUUUUUUGAAACAGUCUCUUUAUAUAUUCAUGUAGGUCCUGGAACUCACUAUGUAGAUCACGCUGGCUUUGAACUCACAGGGAUCCUUCUGCCUAGCCUCCGAUGUUCUGGAACUAAAGGCUUGUGCAAUCACACCCAACCUGGAUUAAUUUAACCUUACAGGUUACAGUUCAUAAUAAAGGCAAGGCAGGGCAGGAACCCAGAGGCAGAAACUGACACAGAGACUAAGAGAGAGUAUAUAGUGCUUUCUCCUUGGGUUCACAUUCAGAUUGCUCAAGGGUAGCACAGCCCACACUGGGCUGGGCCUUUCCACAUCAGUCAUUAACCAAUAAAAUGCUAACAAAUCAGUCCACUGAAAGCAAUUACUCGAUUUACAUUUCCUCUUCCCAGAUGAAUCUAGCCAACAUCAAGCUGACAAAAACAAAACAACAAAAUCUUUUUUGGGGGGCGGGAGUUGGGGGUUUGAGACAGGUUUCUCUGUGUAUUCCUGGCUGUCCUGGAACUCACUCUGUAGACCAGGCUGGCCUCGAACUCAGAAAUCUGCCUGCCUCUACCUCCCAAGUACUAAGAUUAAAGGCGUGUGCCACCACGCCCGGCAAAACAAAAUCUUACCAGCAUAGACUGAAAGUAUAGAACAAACAAACACCUUUUAAAAAUAUAUAUAUGUGUAAAACCAGACCCACAGCUGGUGUCACCGCUGUUUAUCCAAAUUGAGUUACUAUAUCUGAAAAUUAGCUACCUUAUCGUGCCUUCCUUUACCUCUACUGUUUGGGCUCCAAAUAUGAGAAAAAGCUACGGAAAAACUAAAGAUUAGAUUUCCCCUCCUCUCUACUUAAAAUUCGAAUUCUAAAAUUUAGGUUUGAAUAUAAAGAUUCCACUAGAUCUUUAAGCAAAAGGUGACUUCACUGUAUUGUCAAGAAGAGUCCCAGAAACCAGGAGUGGAGGAGCAGGUCUGCAAUCUUAGCACUUGGAAAUCUGAGACAGGGGAAUUAAUGAGUUGGACGCCCCCCAGGUCUUGGUAGCAAGACUUUUCCCAAAAAGAAAUGAAAGUAAAACAAAAAAAAGGAGAGAGAGAGAGAGAGAGAGAAGUAAAGAAGAAAAAGAAAGAGAAAGGGAGGGAGGGAGGGAGGGAGGGAGGGAGAGAGGGAGCAGAGUCCUCUGCCUCUGGGUUUAAGUGUCAGCCAAUUACGAAGUCCCCUAGCAGGACUCGUUUGCGUGGUUGGCUUGAGGGCAUAUAGAAGCUAAAGGAGGCGGGGCUAGUUCCCUAAUCCAAGAUGGCCGAAGAGGCGCUUCUAGAGGGAGGCUCAAAGGCUGAUAAUGCCAUUGGUGGAAUUACCGCUGCUUCACAGUGGGAGGGAAUGACAGCAUCUCAGUUUCCGGUUCCGGCAAUACCGGGAUCCCAGUGGAGAUGGAGGAAGAUGCGAACCGAGUCUGGCUGUCGCUGGGACUGGAGGAUAGCGCGGGGGCUGCGGUCUAGGAGUCCCAGUCUCAGACGCGGCUAAAGCGCUGGGGUCUGAGAAGGAAAGCGACCACGGUGCUUAGGUGUCUUGAAGGAUCAGAGGUACCUAAGGUUCAACCUGUCGAGGAGGCAGUGGAUAUCUGUCUGUUCUGCGGGGCUGCAUCGCCAUGGGAAGCCGCUCUGCAGUUUUGGCAACGAAAGGCAAGUCCCCCGAGGCAUCUCGUCCUGGCCGAGGAGCAUGAGAGACUGACAGCUAGAGAAGCCUGACGAGGGGUCUCCGGGCACAAUGGAGGACAAACGGAACAUCCAGAUCAUCGAGUGGGAGCACCUGGACAAGAAGAAGUUCUAUGUGUUUGGUGUUGCUAUGACAAUGAUGAUCAGGGUCAGCGUGUACCCGUUCACCCUCAUCCGCACCCGCCUGCAGGUCCAGAAGGGCAAGAGCCUCUACCACGGGACCUUCGAUGCCUUUGUCAAGAUCCUGCGAGCAGAUGGAGUGGCGGGCCUCUACCGGGGGUUCCUGGUCAACACCUUCACACUCAUCUCCGGCCAGUGCUAUGUCACCACUUACGAGCUCACCCGGAAGUUUGUGGCAGACUACAGCCAGAGUAACACAGUCAAAUCACUCGUAGCCGGGGGCUCGGCCUCCCUUGUGGCCCAGAGCAUCACGGUGCCGAUCGAUGUUGUCUCCCAACAUCUGAUGAUGCAGCGGAAGGGUGAGAAAAUGGGUCGCUUCCAAGUGCACGGGAACCUAGAGGGACAAGGGGUGAUUGCCUUUGGCCAGACUAAGGACAUCAUCAGGCAGAUCCUUCGGGCUGACGGUCUCCGAGGCUUCUACCGGGGCUAUGUGGCCUCGCUGCUAACGUACAUCCCAAACAGUGCUGUCUGGUGGCCCUUCUACCACUUCUAUGCAGGUUGAAGGCAAGAGCUCCAUCGUCCUGACCUUCAGGCAGCUGAUGGCAGAGGAGGGGCCUUGGGGCCUCAUGAAGGGCCUCUCGGCAAGAAUCAUCUCGGCUACACCCUCCACCAUCGUCAUCGUGGUGGGCUACGAGAGCCUCAAGAAGCUCAGCCUGCGACCUGAGCUGGUGGACUCGAGACACUGGUAGAGAGCGGUGGAUGGAGAGGCUGUGGUUUCACACAUUACUCUGGGCCAGGGCAGAGCAGAGAGGAUAACUGACCCUGUGAAUACCACCACCACACACCCAUCCUGCUCCAGGUUGUCUGUCAGGGAUAAGAGAGGAGACUUUGGACUGCUCCUUCUGCAGAGGUUCUGUGCCUGGCUUCCCUCAUCCCCAUCAUUUGAUUUCCCCUGCAGAUCUGGGCCCCUCACUCGGUCCUUAUACUCAGUCAUGGCCACAGGACCCCGUUAGCCCCUCUGGCACCCCUCUCUGACCUUCCCUCAGGCCUGGAGAAGAGCUGCUCCUCGUUUGCUUGUCCCCUGCUUCUUCUCGAGCCUCAGGCCAAGGCUCUGAGUAGCUGCCUGGGGUCUAUUUAUUUUUUUAUGCCUGCUUAUUUUAAAUUUGGGACCUGAGUUGUUCACUGCUUUGUCCUGCCUUUGGGGGGACAAAUCGGAGCAGCACACACUCUGCAGGGCGUUCAUCUUCUAGGGGAGUUACUAGGAGGGAGGAAUGCUAAGGCUUCCUAUGUGUAGCUGAACAUCUGUGAAUGAGCCAACUCACCCUCAUAGCUCAGUCUGCUGUCAGACCCCACUCCUUGGAGAAGUGGAAAACUGUGACACAGAUCCCAAUUCUUUAUCCCCCUUCCCUGUCCCUCAGGCCCGGGAACCGCAUGAGCUGCUGGCCUUCAUUGGCCCAGGUGACUACAGUAGAGGGGCAUAGUUAUAAGUGGGUCAGACUUACUAGAGAACACUGUCCUUGGAACUUUGCCCUGAAGCCAGGUUGGGAAAGAGCCACUGGCUUGGAUGUGUGUUCCUCACUCUUAUCUCCUCAGGCCAGCUGAGCCAAGCCCUGGAGGUACAACGGAGGUUCUGAGCCCGAGGCAGCAGUGCCACAGGCACACCUGCCACCCAGAUGAAUAGCAACAGGUGUCUCACAGUGGGACUCUGGAAUAUGAACUAUCCUUUUUUUUCUUGUCCUUGGUUGUGAAGUAUCAUCCCAGUCAUGGUACCCUGUGCUGGCAACAGAAAAAAAAAAAAAAUACAGUCAGGAAGGCACCCAAGGCCAGGUCCACCUGGUUACCAGCCUCUUACUGCCAAAACCAUUGAUGCUUUCCUCAGGAGCGUCCCUCUUCCCUGCCUCUACUGAGCCUGUGUUGGUGGCAGAGAGGCACAUCCAGGAAUGGGAGGGAAGAAAGCAGGCAGAUCUUGCUCUUCAGCCUGGGAGAUGCUUGGGAAAUGCCAUGGUGCCAAAUUGGAAGGUGCUAACUGAAGCCUUCAUGUUUCUCACGGCUGCUCCACAUUCUUCCAUCCUGACUUGACCCAGUCUCCACACACACACCUCCUACUACUCGCUGUAGUCUGUAUUUGUUUCCUUCUGAGCCCUCUACUAAUGUCUCAGCAUUUUGGUUUGUUUUUUGAGACAGGGUCUCAUAUAUCCCAGGCUGGGUUUGAAUUCAUUAUGUAGCAGAGGGUAGCCUAGAACUCUUCAUCUUCCUCCACCUCCUAAGUUCCAGGUUUACAGGACGCCGCCAGGCCCCACUUCCUGCACUUUAUUGAGAGAGCCCUUCAAUCUUGCCCAUAGUCAUCUGAAGGGUGAAGCCCACAGAUCAUUUUAAAUCCUUUCGCUCCUCACCUCUACCUUAAGACCUAUCAAUACAGUGGAGCAAGGGCCCCUCUCAGGCUUUCACUAUCAAGACCUUUGUGAUUGGACAGCUCUGCUCUUUGGUCUUUCCUAACGGGGCAGAGUGUGGACAUAGGUUCCUCCCACCUUUCAUACCUUAGGUUACUCCUUCCCGACUUUUCUUGUCCGGUGUUUAAGCCUCUCCCUUUCUUGUCCUAUCUCCCUUUCCUUCUUUCCCCUUGUGUUUGAAAGGACCUUGGAUAUAAAGGUAAAAGGCACCCCCGUGUCGGAACUCCUACUCUCCCAAGGUCAGGGUCUGGGAUUGGCCUUGGUGAAGAUGAGCCAGUGGGCGGCCAUUUUUCCAAAACUGGAGACCAAAACAGCUAGAAAUGUUGACCCAUUGGUCAACACACAAAUUAGAAACUCGGCAAGACAGGAGGGCUGGAUAGAGGCACAUGGGAAAGAAUGCACAUUCAGCAUUAGCUAGAAAUGGACUCGAGGAGAUUAGCUGCGAAUAUUCACUGUUGCACUGUAUGAGAUCUUUGAAAUGUAAUUAAAAGUUUUUAUUGAGCCCCUAAA